CUUUAACUUUUUACCAAAUGUCCGCAGAAAAAAGGGGAAGAAAGUUAUUGGUCGUGUAACUUGAGAAUUACUUUCUAGAAUGACAUCUUGUGCCUCGACUGGGACCUCCUGGUGCCUAUGAUUUAAAAUGUUUCUGAUUGGGUGAAUCAUAUAUGCACAAUGAGCACAUUUAAACUUUGAUUGCAUUGAGGAUAUAUUUUGUGUAGUCGCAUGUAUCAUGAUUUAGUUUAAAAUGUAAGCAAUUACCACAUAUGCAACUUUGUAGCAAUGCAAAUUGGUUCUAUGUUAUUCAGACGCCAUGUUCUCAGUUUAAAACAUUUCAAACUGCACUUUGAGUUAACUUUAGGAUGAAGCUUGUAUUUGCGUAUAACCUACUCUCAGUUAUGCACCUUAUAUCAAUGUAAUGUUGAAGUUUCGAAUGUAUACAUUAUAUAUUUUCACGCUUGGUGUGAGAAAAGUUCAAGAUAGUUGAAAGAUCUGAAUUAUUGAGUGAAAGUUUGUUGUUGUUAGUGUUGUGGAAUGAUUUGCUGACAGGUAGUUUGGGGUCUAGGGACCAGUUUGAUCUCUGAAUGAACGAUGUUGUGUUACUUGUUGACUUGGCUUUAAUAUCUAGCCAAACCUUAUCUAGCCAGACCUUAAUCCAGUUCUAGCCAAAAGAACAUGUUCUAAAUAUACACACGACUUCCAGGAAACACACAAUAUGACAAACAUGCACGCACACACACACACACACGUCAGUAGUAACUAGAUGUGUUUGUCUAGGGUUAUAAAUACGGAGGCUGUAAUAAACCAGAUUCCCCUCGCACUGAGAUUCUGCCUCUGGGUGUAAAUAGUCUAAACCAUUUCCACUACUUUCCGCCCCAGUCAUAUGGAACUGACCAGGGAUCAGUGCAGCCUGACUCACAGUAAAGUCACUAGACGGAACUCUACAUCGGGAUCAAUCACAGACGCUGUUCUUCAUCGGUGGUGAUUCUACAACUGCAACAUGCAGCCGGGUGAGGCACAGCAAGUUAAGUCUGUCACUGUGUGCACGUGGGCUACCACGCGUAGAAGCAUGUCACUGUUUUUUUUCUGAUGCAUUCUCUGUUAGUAGGAUUAUCGAGCACAAGCGAGCUCUUUGAUUCUCUGAAGGUGUAUCUGAACAACAAGAAGAGACUACAACCCAUUAUUGGCCUGGGCAGCAUUAUAGAGUGUGUGAAGGUGGGGGCGCGCUGCAGAGAAGCCUCGUACCUGUGCGAGGUGUGUGUGUGUCGACUGAGUAAAGCCGACAUGCGGAACCACAUCAUGGGAAGUCUCCACAGAUACAACUACAUUAAAGCCUGGCACCCCCAUCUAGUGUGUGAAUGGAAGGAGAACUCUGACCUGUCGAGGCUGGCCUGGCCACUGAUGGAGAUCGCCAAGAAAAUCGAGGGAAAAGAGGGGAGUGGAGAUGUCCAGUUAAUAGAGGUUGAAGACGUUCUAUACCAGAAGAUGGCAACACUCAGCGAGAAUGAUGCAGUAACUCUGAUAAAAACUGUAAGAGAAUGGCAGGGUGGACCUGAGAGCCACUCUCAGACUACAUCUGUUCAGCUGGAGCAACAUUCCGUCCAAUCGCAGAGGAUUGUGUUGCUCGGUCGCCACGAACUGCGCAGGAGCGAGAGAUCCCUCGAUGCUGAUGUGAUCUCGCAUAAGAUGUCAACACAGACCAACAAUCCUUAUCUGAUGCAUUCAACUGCAGCUCCUACUAUUGAGUCAGAGGGCUGGUUAACAAACAUCUCAACGUCACACUCAAACCACACUGAACCAUCUGGGUUCUCAGAGAACAGCAGCAGCUUUCUUCAUGGCUACAGAGGAACCAAGCCUCUUAUUGGUCUGUGCCGCGUGGUCGAGUGCAGGAGUGACACUGGCUGCACCUUCCUUUUCUUAUGCCACUGCUGCCGCAUCCGAUCCAACAAAAGGGACGUCAUUGAUCACCUGACCGACUCUUCCCAUCUCAUCAACUACUUGACGGAAACUUAUCCUGAGCAGGUGGAAGCAUCGACUGCAGAUAUUAAUGACAACUUCCUCCAAUCACUGGCCAAAAAAGUGGAGCGAGAGGAAGGCAGAGGAGAGCUGAAGGUGAUAAACGCACCAGAUUCACUCUGUAUCCAACUGACUGGCAGAAGUUACCACUGGUGUAUGAGGAUGCUGUGUAAAGGAUGGGAUACAAGCACCCAAAAAAACAAAUUAACUGUCAGAGGGCAUAGUGUGAACAAGACCUCGGUUGAAGGCGUGACGGAGAAACGUUCUGCCCUUCUGUCAAAUUGGGGGAAAAGGACGACGGCGAAGAGGAAGAAGGGGAAAGUGGCAGAUACUUUAUUUACGGUAAGCCUGCCUCUUACCAAAGGUCCAGUGGUGCUGCAGAGGACGUCUUUCAGCAAGGACAUCCUCCCGGUGUCCUGUUCACCACCACCGGCCUCAGACCUCUUCCCAUCGCCCAAGUCCGACACUGAUGAUGGCGACGCUGGAUCGUUUGCCGUUGACCAUGCUGAACACCUCUACAGUGGAGAUGCAGAGGCCGGUCAAUACAUGGCAGGAGAGAAAAACUGCACAGUCACUCUGUAUCAAAUGGCGGAUGGUGAUUCCAUUGAUAAUGAACACUUCAGCCAGCCCAAAGACACAACUGAGAGAGAAGACCACAAGGGUUAUUGGGAGAGGAAUCACAACAGACACCACGGUUCUCAAGAGAGAUCAAGAGGGAACUUUGAUGAAGAGAUGGCAACAGAAUACCGACACAAACACACUGAGGAGCUGUCGCCUGCCGUGCCCCACACUUACAUUCCCUGCACACCUGAGAUGGGUUACGCUGAACAGUGGUAUUACCAACAACCGCUCCAAAAUCCUCACAUGGCACCAGAUCACACGAGUCUCAUGACGGCCGCUGCGGGGCGUAGUGGUGGGGUGGCUCCUCGUUCAGACGCUGCUCGGAUCAACGCGUGUCCUCAGUUAGGAGACGUCGUUGCUCACAGUGGCAGUUUCGCACCAGAGACUAGCGUGUACUCUCUUGGGACUGAGCAGAGACGGGUGCCAACAUACAUGGAGUUCACCGCUGGCAAUGUCCAGAUAACUCCACAAAGUUAUAUGACGCAUCCUCUGGCGUAUCACGGUGUCCAAACAGGCCACGGGGCGAUGUCUGACCCCAGCUACGGUUAUGGACAGACAACCAAACCUGACUGCUACUUUCCCUAUCCAGACAGCAGCAGCAGCGGAGGUGGGGACAUGUCCUGGUCAAAUGCUUUCAUCCCACCCGUGCCAUCUCUGUAUUAUGGAACCAACUCUGAUUUCAAUUUCAGAGACACUGGGCGGCGGAGGGUUGAUGAUUUCCAGGGGUGGCGCUAGAACAACUCUGAUGGUCCAACAUGGCUUCUAAUUGUGCUGUCGUAUUAUGCUCACAUAUAAAAUACGAUAAGAAGGAUGUUUGCCUCUGAGUUUAGAAAUCAGACUUUUUACUUUUUGACUGUUUCAGUAUUAUUCGAUGUUAUAUUUUUUUUACAUAUUUUCUUUGGCGUGUUUUUAAAAAGCGUUAUGGGGAAGAUUUGUAUAAUUUUUUUUAUUUAGAAAGAUAUUUGUAUUGAAAACCUUUGUUAUUCUUCUAUGAGUAUUAUAAACAUGAUUUCAGCUAUGCAGACAGGAUCGAAGAUACAGUGUAAAACUACACUUUAUAUAUAAUUUAUUUGCUGUAUUUUUAGGUUUCUCAUGCAUCCUAACCAAGUGAAGGUGAGAGACAGUGUUUUCAUUCCUUUGAGUUCUGAGCCAAAGCAGCAAAGUGCUAAAAAGAGAGAGAAACUGUAAUCAGGUGUCACUAAAUACAUUGAACGAACACCCACAUUUUUUCCCCUGCUGGAUCAUUAUACCAGUGUGACUUCAUGAAUGUUUAAACUGAGCCUGAAUAACUCGGAAGAAUUGACUUUAAAAUCCAUCAAAUGUGUGAUGACUCACUUUGAGUUUGUGCUCCAGUUAAUUUGUUCUACUUCUGGUUAAAAAAAGCUGAAGCCUGUCAUGAAUUGUUAAAUGUCCUGCUCAACCAGCUCAAUAAAGAACCUUCUGAGAUUA